UUCGGUGGUGUUGUAGCAUGUCAUCCGUUGCUGUAACUUCACGGUACCACUGCACAGCAGGCACAAAGAGAUGAAGAAAUAGCACAAUGUCGAAUCUCAGUGACAGCCAAAAAGGACCAUGUCCACAGGAGGAAGGAACCGUAGAGGGGAGAAAUGAGAAGGAGACAUCAAGUCCUUACCACUCUGAAACAUGUGAGGCUGCUUCAGACAUGACCAAAGAGAAACAAGCAGAAUGGGUUGACAAGAACAGAGCUAACCUCAUUCAGACUGUACCCUCAGUGAUGUCCAUUGCAGACGAGCUGCUCCAGUGGCAUGUUAUACAUAAGGAACUGUAUGACAAUAUCCAUGCUGCCAGGACCAGCCAGGACAGGAUGAGACUAUUGUAUACCGCCCUCACAUCUGAAGGAGCCAAAUCUGCUUUCUACAAAGUCCUACAGGAAAAGCAACCCAAGAUCUGUGAAACAGAAGACAUCAUCAAAGAAAUCAUCAAAAUACAUAAGGAAAACUUAAUGGACAAGUGUAGAUAUGUAUUUGAAGGCACCGCAGACAGCCCUGAUGAUGAAAAACCAUUGGACAAAAUUUACACUGAGCUCCACGUUAUACAGGGAGAGAGUGAACGAGUUAACCAAGAACAUGAGAUACAGGAUAUUGAAGAGAGGUCAAGAACUCAACACAGUACAACAAUUCAGAACACUAAAAUCAGCUGUAAUGAUAUCUUCAAAACUGCACCUGCAGAUAUGAAGUCAUCUGGAGACAGAAGAGAAGGACGGACAAUAAGAACUGUCAUGACAAAAGGAAUUGCUGGCAUUGGAAAAACUGUCUCUGUAAAGAAAUUUAUCCUUGACUGGGCAGAGGGGAAAGCCAACCUGGACAUAGACUUCAUCUUUAUGCUUCCAUUCAGGGAGCUAAAUUUGAUCAAAGGUGAUCCAUUUAGCCUUCAGGCACUUCUGAUAGACUUCCACCCAGAACUCUCAAAAAUUGCAGUGGCACAAAUAUUUGAAAAUCACAAAGUUCUGUUUGUUUUUGAUGGCCUGGAUGAAAGCCAACUGAAACUGGAUUUUGGUAGAACCAAAAGGUUGGCAGAUGUCACCAAGGAAUCAACAGUGGACAUUCUGCUGACAAACCUCAUCCGGAAAGAUCUGUGUCCCUCUGCUCUCCUCUGGAUAACUUCGAGACCAGGAGCAGUUCACCGUAUCCCUCGCAGAUAUAUAAAUCAGUGGACUGAGGUUCAUGGAUUCAGUGAUCCACAGAAAGAGAAAUACUUCAGGAGGAGAGUUGAGGAUAAAAAAGUUGCAGAUAGAAUCAUUAAACAUAUCAGAGUGGUACGGAGCUUGUACAUUAUGUGCCACAUACCUAUUGUCUGUUGGAUUGCAGCCAAAGUCCUUGAACGCUUGUUGCCUAAAUGUGACGAAAGUGGCAGCACUGAAAUACCCACAACUCUUACUGAGAUGUACACACACUAUCUGCUCAUUCAAACACAGAUGGAUGAUGAAAAGUACCAGAAUAGCAAUCCAAAUGAGUCAGAUGUACAGAGGAUCUUAAUGUCAAACAAGGAAUUCAUCCUGAAAUUAGGUCGAAUGGCAUUUGAACAUCUGGAAAGAAGCAGCAUCAUGUUCUAUGAAAGUGAUUUGACUGCAUAUGGCAUUGACAUAAGCCAAGCUGGGGUUUACUGUGGGUUGUGUACAGAGAUAUUCAAAGAAGAGAGUGUCCUGUACAGAAAGAAGGUAUACAGCUUUGUGCACCUGACCGUUCAGGAGUUCUUUGCUGCUCUCUUUGUGUACCACAGUUAUGCAAGUAAGAAAAUUGAUUCUUUAAGCCUCAAGACCUUCCUUCUGAAAGGGUCUGAGGAAGAGCUGGAGUCUAUCCUGAAUGAAUAUCCUGUAGAUCUUCCUCUGCAUGAGCUGAUGGAAAUUUCAAUUGCUAAUUCAACUCUGAGAAAAACUGGAGAACUGGACAUGUUCCUUCGGUUCCUUAUUGGCAUGUCUUUAGCGUCAACACAGAGGCUGCUUGAAGGCCUGAUACAGCAGACAGAGAACAACUCAGAAGUCGCUGAGGAAAUUAAAAACAUCCUAAAAGAGAUAGAUUUAAAUGACUGCUCACCUGAAAGGUGUCUGAACCUUGUUCACUGCCUGUUUGAACUGAAAGACAGUUCCCUACAUGAUGCCAUUCAGGAUUAUCUGAAGCCAAACUAUUGUGCAGAAACCAAUCUCUCCCCAGUUUACUGCUCAGUUCUGGCUGCCUCAAUUCUCAUGUUACAUACACCACUGGAUGAAUUUAACAUGAGGAAAUACAGGCCAUCACAUAAAGGUAUCUUUAGGCUUGUCCCAGCUGUGAGGAACAGCAGAAAAGCAAUAAUCUCAGGUGUUUGGCUGAAUGUUUGGCUUGGUGAAACAAUCUCCUCAGCCCUUCGGAUGUCUAACUCAGUGCUGACAGAACUGCACCUGACAAAUAGUAGUUUCGUUGAUAAAGGUACACAGAUCCUUAUUGACGGUUUGAGAAACCCUAACUGUAAACUGGAGGCUCUGAGUCUCUCUGGGGAUGGACUCUCAACUGAUAUGUGUGAAAAUUUGGCAUCAGCUAUCAUAUCAAUCAUCUCAAAUCUAAGACAGCUGGAGCUGGGUGGAAACAUACUGAAGGGGUCAUUCCAAUCUGUGCUUUCUGUUGGGCUACACAGCCCUAAACUGGAGACACUGAGGCUGAACUCAAAUAGUUGGACAACAGAUGUCUUUGAGAAGAUGUCGUCAGGGCUCAUGUCUAAGGCUUGUUACCUGCGAGAGCUGGAGCUGAGUUACGCCAAUUUAAAAGACUCACAAAUGAAGAUCUUCUCUGCUUGGCUGAUGAGCACAAACUGUAGACUGGAGAUACUGAGGCUCAGUCACAACAACCUGACCGAAGAAAGUUGUGAGAUGUUGGCCUCAGCACUCAGUUCUGACUCGUCCCACCUGAGAAACCUGGACCUUAGUUACAAUGACCUGCAGGACUCUGGAGUGAAGCUGCUCUGCAGAGGGCUGAUGAAUCCACACUGUCAUUUGAAGAUACUAAGGCUGGCAUUCUGCAGAGUCACAGCAGAUGGAUGUGCUUCCUUGGCUUUAGCUCUGAUGUCUGACCCCUGCAGCCUGAGAGAGCUAGACCUGAGCUUUAAUCACCCAGCAGACCAAGGAGUCCAGCUGCUGACCGAAAGACAGGAGGAUUCACACUGUAGUCUGGAGGAACUCAAUGUGGAUCAUAAUGAAGAGUGCUGGUAUGACUUGAGACUACUGAGAAAAUAUGCCUGUGAUCUGACGUUGGACCCCAACACAGCAGGCAGGAAUCUAAUUUUGUUGGAUGAGAACAAGAUGGUACAGUAUGUCAGAGAGGAGCAGCCACAUCCUCCUCAUUCAGACAGAUUUGACACACAACAGGUGCUGUGUAAUGAAGGUCUGAUAGGUCACCAUUACUGGGAAGUUGAGUGUUAUUUUGGUGAAGACAUUGGAGUGGCAUACAAAAGUAUUGCCAGAACAGGAGAUUGUUCUGAAGAAUUUAAUUUGGGAGAAAAUGAAAAGUCUUGGUGCUUGUCUAUGCAAGAUGGAGGAAGCUUUAAACACAAUGGUUCAUCUGUACGAUUUUGUGACAUUGUCCGGAGCUCUACAAUAGGAGUGUAUCUAGACUGGCCAGCUGGUAUUCUGUCCUUCUUUGAGGUCUCCUCUGAUACACUGACCCACCUCUACACCGCCCAUACAACUUUCACUGAACCAGUCCACCCUGCUUUCAGUGUAGACACAGAUGGAUCAAUGUCCCUCCGUAAAUUACAAUAGCCUAAAACAGGGCUGAAUAUUAACUUUUCGAGCAAGUAGCACUGGUACCAGAAGAGCUGCAAAUCUUGCAGCACAAACUGAAAUACUGUUACUGAAAUAAAAAGCCAGUAAUAGCACUUCUAUAAAGUUUUGAUCCUCUUAAGUUGUACAGUUUAUUGUUUCAAGUGUGACAAAAACAGACAAAAGGUGAAGCAUGAAAUACAGACAAGUGAGCAUGAUUUAGCUUCAGCUUCUUCAAGCAAUGCUUUAGUUGCUUUAAUUACAUCUGCUGUUUUGACUAUAGUUCAAGUAUGGGUUCAACUAUUGCUUGAACAACACUUCUUUGGUAAAUUACUACACUUCAUCACUAAGCAGCUGGAGUGCACUGAACAUUGCAAACUAGUGUUUACUAGGGAUUUCCCAACCAGUUUUUUCAAAGAAGCACUGGCUUCAUCUCAGGUGUGAAUACAUUUUGUGUGUGUAUGUAUGCCUCUCAUAUCCACUGGCCUUGACAGUAAAUAAGAAUGUGUUCAUCUUCUAGAUAUCAUGCCUUGUCCAAUAAAUGUUAUUUAUUACAGCUUGCUGCACAGUCGAUCCACAGCAUCAGCUGAAUCAAAAAUAAGUAAACUUAAAAAAUGCAAACUCAAAUAUAAGUUAAAUAUCCACCACAGUACAGGAUAAUAUCUGUAAGCCAUAUAUUACAUUUAGAUAGAUAGAUAGAUAGAUAGAUAGAUAGAUAGAUUUACUUUAUUGAAUCCAAACUGGGAAAUUCCCAAAUUUCAGCUACGUAUUGACAUUUCUAUUGGCAUUCUGCAUUCAACCAAUUUUACAACCAAUCAAAACGCUGGUGGGUGUAUGUGAGUUAUGGCUUAUUGAUAUUCUAAUGAACUUGUUGACAUUUAAUGCAUAUAUCAACUGACACUGUGGCUCCGCUGAUGUUAAAACAGCUUUUUUUAGAGCUGCACCUUAAACAGCUCACAUGUGGUGCAGUUGUAGUAAAGCCAAAAGAAAAAACUUCAGGUAGCAUUUAAUGAUUCAUUCAUUCAUUCAUUCAUUCAUUCAUUCAUUCAUUCAUUCAGAAUAUUGUGUCCCAAGAUGGACAUAUGUUUGUGACUAGCAAUGUUCCCACCUUUCAGGCUGUGUUGAGGAAUUUUAUGUAUAAAAUUGUGUGUUGGUAUUGAUUCAUUGAUUAAAAAGUUACUCCUGUUUUUUAAAACACUGGAACAAAUAUCCAUGUGUUUCAAUCACUGUGGACUUAUAAACUGCCAUGUUUUAUAUUUUUGUGUUGUUUUUAUAUUGUAUUUUUAUUAUUGUAUUGUAUUUUUUUUAAUCAUUAUUU